CAUCUAGCAACCGCCUCUCGCUCCUUUAGUUCGCACAUCCAGUUAUCAACUUGAAACGCUCCUUCCGGUGACACCGCGAGAUUAGAUUUGAACCCAAUUUGAGUGCAACUCUUGGGUAUCCAGAGAGAACCCGAGCCAUCCAGCAACCGGGGCCAUUUCACUAGUCUUUCCGGCGACCAGUCAUUCGGCGAGAUUACUCGAAGGACAGCGCGGGUUCUUGAUCGAAGAGUGGAAAUCCAUAUCUCAAGAUGAUCGACCAUUUGCUGGGGCGGCCGUCAGUCAAGUCGCGCAGAUUGCAAGUCCUUGCCGUUCUGGCCUUCUGGUCCGCUUACUUGGCCAGGUAACGGAUACCUAUCUUUCCACCUCAUACUGUACCGGCUGACGUUUGAGCAGAGGACACAAGCAUGGCCCUCCCGUUCUGCGUUUCAUGUCGCGCCUGUUGUCGAAACGGCUCACGGCAUGGCAGAUCGUUGUGACCACCAUGUUAUACCUCUACGCCGCCCGCAACUUCAGCACCCUCGUCGGCCUCGCGUGCCCCGACCCCCUGAGCAAUAUGUACGACGCCGCCUACUUCCGGGCUACCUGGGUACUCACCGCUCUGGACGCCGGGUUCUGGACUGCCAUGGGGAUCCGCAAUCAAAAGCUGCGCGACCUGGCUAGUGUUGUCUUCUCGCUCUUUUACCUGAUCGCCGCCGAGCAGGCCGAUGAGAAGGUGCGCAAGGUGCGCGGCAACAUCACGGUGGAGCACAUGCGCAUCAGCUGGAACAAGGGCAGUCAGUCACCCUACUUGCGGUUUGCGCAGCGUUUGAUGCGCCCGAGGCUUAUGAAGUGGCCACCGCGCGAGAUGCGCAUCGCGCGACCUCCCGCCAGCGAUUACAAAGAGCCCGUCUCGGCAUGGCUCUAUUUCAACGGACCCUUGUCGAAGCUGAAGGAUCAUAACCGCUUCAUCCUGGAUGUUCCCGGGGGCGGCUUCGUGGCCAUGAAUCCCAGAUGCAACGACGACAAGCUGCUGGCCUGGGCGACCAAGACGGGCUUGCCGGUGCUGAGUCUAGACUACAAGAAGGCGCCCGAGUAUCCGUACCCCUACGCACUUAACGAGUGCUAUGACGUCUAUACCAUGAUCAUACAAACCCGCGGUAAAUGUGUCGGCUUGUCUGGAGAGGAGGUUCCCAAGAUCGUGUUGACGGGGGACAGCGCCGGUGGGACGCUGGCAACUUCGACAACGCUAAUGAUCAUCGAGAGCGGCUCAUCACCCGUGCGCCGCUUUCAGGGCCAGGUAGAUCUUCCUGUCCCGGAUGGGCUGAUCCUGUUCUAUCCCGCGCUGGACAUGAACAUCGGUAGUUGGAUGUCAGACGAACAGAUGGCACUGAUCAAGGAUCGCCGCAUGCGCGGGACCAACAAGCGCAUCGUCCAGCGCAAGAAGUUCCAGUACGACAGCCUGGUCGGCACGCCCCACGCGUCCGACGACGAGGACGACGUUGUGCCGUCAUCCAAAUCUCGGUCCGGCCCCGAGAGAGAGGACUCGAGGGUCGAGGGCAAGUCAAGCGAACACGUCCGCGACCCGGCUCCCGAGUACGCCAACUUGGGCCCAACCACCCCUGGAGCCUCCCACCGCCCCGAGCCCAUGCGCACCCGCCUCGCCAUGUCGUCCAUGAUUUCGUACUUUAACGACCGGGUACUAACCCCGGAGAUGAUGCGUGCCAUGAUCAUCCUUUACGUCGGCCCACACAACCGACCCGAUUUCUCCCAGGAUUACCUCCUCUCGCCCAUCCUGGCGCCGGACGUCCUUCUCUCCCGUUUCCCGAAAACCUACUUUGUCACGGGCGAGCGCGAUCCGCUCGUUGACGACACCAUCAUCUUUGCGGGGCGCCUGCGGCGCGUGAAGGCCGCGCAGCUCGCCAGCGGCGGGACUAGGCUCGAGUACCGCGACAGCGAUGCCCUGACGGAGGGAUUCGAUGAGAAGGCCGUGGCCGAGGUGGCACUCAUUCCCGGCAUCAGUCACGGAUUUGUCCAGUUCCCAACCCUGUACCCGCCCGCGUGGAAGCUGAUCGACCGGGCGGCGGGGUGGGCUGAGGAGUUGUUUGCCGGGGCCGAGAGGAGGGAGCAAGAGAGGGACUUGGCUCGUAGGGGCUUGUUGGGGAGAAGGAAACGACAGGGUGGAAAUAUGGACAAUGGGGAAGACGGAGAGAAUGGGGAUGAGGAUUCGCCGCUGGAGAUGAUGAGUAUAGCAAAGGCGAAGGCGAAGGAUGCGAAGAAGGCGGCGGCUGAUAUGGAAAGGAAGGGAACAACUGGCGGCGAAGAUAUUGGGGCACUGACCGGAGAGGGGACCGACGGACACGGCCAAGGAACCCGCGCUGCCUAUGAGGAUGAGGAUGGCGACGCCGGCCCAUAUGUGGCGCCCCAGCUCGAAACCAGCAGUUCCCGCGAGAAGAAGAAAGCGGGGAAGCGUGUUCGAACGCGAGAUGAGGACGAUAAGAGUCUGGUCAAGCUGGCGAGCACGGAUGAUUUGCUGGGAAGGAGAAUGCAUGGUCUGGCCGGGGGCCUAACAGGAACGCACCAUGACCCAGUUUGAAGGUGCAGGCGGAAGGUGUGUGAACCGCGACUCACGACGGAAAAGGGGUACACAAGACAGGGGUUUUGGAUUAUGGAGUAAAGGGCACAUUGGUUAGCCGCAGUCUCAGGUUGUGCAGCUUGCAUAGCGGACAGCUUUAUUUAUACAGCGAGAGCGGUAUCCAAGCGGGCCGUAGAAGACUGAAUCUAAGCUUGAAAAGUCGAAUUUAAAUAUGAAAUACACUCUGGCAAAUCUGGCUUUCGCUAUCGAGCCCGGGCGACGGGUCACCUACAACUAGA